CCAAAACCAUUACGCAGCUGUCAGAGGUGUCCAGCAAAGCGCAGAGGUAGCAAGAACGGAAACCAUGACUCAGGUUACUCAGUCUUUUUCACGCAAGAGCUUGUCCAGCUCAAGCUCUCGUCCCUUCACCUCCCACUCUCUCAGCGGUGGAUACUCCAAGCGCAUCGCCGUCGGUCGUGCGCCAAGUGUCUAUGCAGGUGCAGGGGGCUCCAGCGUGCGCGUCUCUUACGCACAGAGCAGCAAGAGCGGUUUCGACCUGGCCAGCGCGCUCGGCGGGGGUGACAAUGGCUUCGGUGUGGGUUUCAACGAGAAGUCUACCAUGCAGAACCUCAACGACCGUCUGGCCACUUACCUGGAGAAAGUGCGCUCCCUGGAGAAAGCCAACGCGGAGCUGGAGCGCCAGAUCCGGGAGUGGUACGAGAAGAGAACCCCUGUCUCCAGAGACUACAGCCACUAUUAUGUCACCAUUGAAGAUCUGCGCAAAAAAAUCUCCAUUGCCAGCCUGGACAAUGCCAGAAUCAUCCUUCAGAUCGACAAUGCCAAACUGGCAGCCGAGGACUUCAGAGUCAAGUAUGAGAAUGAGUUGGCCAUGCGCCAGUCUGUAGAGGCCGACAUCGCCGGGCUGAGGAAGGUUCUGGAUGAGCUCACCAUGACUCGCUCAGAUCUCGAGAUGCAGAUCGAGGGUCUGAAGGAGGAGCUUAUUUACCUGAAGAAGAACCAUGCAGAGGAGAUCGCAGCUCUUCGCGCUCAAAUGUCCUCCAGCAGCGUAAACGUGGAGGUUGAUGCCGCACCUCAGCAAGACCUGGCCCGCAUCAUGGAGGAGAUCCGACACCAGUAUGAAGGCAUCACCGAGAAGAACCGCAGAGAAAUGGAGGCCUGGUACAAGGGCAAAUUCGACGAACUGAACAAGCAGGUCACCACCAGACAAGAAGAAUUCUCAAUGUCCCGCAAUGAAGUCAACGAGCUCAGGAGAACACUGCAGAGCCUGGAGAUCGAACUACAGUCGCAGCUUAGCUUGAAAGCAGCUCUGGAGGGCACACUGGGAGAGACAGAGUCACGCUACAGCAUCCAGCUCAACCAGUUGCAGGUCGUCAUUAACAGUCUGGAGGAGGAGCUUUCUCGGAUGCGAAUUGACAUCGAAAGACAGGGCAGUGAAUACAAACUGCUUCUGGACAUCAAGACCAGACUAGAGAUGGAGAUCGCCGAGUACAGGAGACUUCUGGACGGAGAGGACAUUCAGAGACAGGUAAUCAAAGUUGUAGAGGUUGUAGCACCUCCUCCUCCCCCCAAGCACGAGCCUGUGGUGACCAAGCGCGUUCGCACCGUCAUCGAAGAGGUGGUUGAUGGGAAGGUCGUUUCUCGCACAGAGGACGUUGACGUCGAGGUCAUGAAGAAGUAAAAACAAAAGCAACAAGAUCUGUUAAGUCAGCAUGAAUUCUCAGCCUUAUGAUGGCUGUUCGACACCACAUGUGAAAUCCUUAAAAAAAUAAAAAAAGACAAGCUGCAAAAUCAAAA